CCAAUCAGAAUUUCUCAGGCUUUUCGGCAAUGUUCGGAAAAUAAUGUUUGUACAAAAUGGAGUCGCUCCUGAUUCAUAUUGGGUUCAAGUUAGACGAAAAUGGAUGCCACCUUUGUUGUAAAUUUAGUUUAUAAUUGUUGGAAAUAAUGAAGUCCAGCCUCAACAGACCAUAGGCUACCCUAGUUUAUUUCAGCGAUUAUGAAAAGGUGCAGAUGAUAAAAAGCUGCACAUACAAAUAACCAAAGAAUGGCCUCUAAAACUCUUUCGAAAGACCAGCAAAAUUUCAUGUGGAUUUCGAUAGCUUGUGUGGAUUUUAUUAAGCUGCCUUUAAAAGACAUUUUAUCUAAUCAGAUAAAACCUGCAGAUCUUUAUAACAGAAUUGACUCUUCACAAACAAAUAAAAGAGAUUACCUUAGGAAAGAACAAGAAAUAAUUUGUUUCAUUCCACCACCUGGCCAACCAGACUACAACGACUUCGAUGUGACUUUGCUGUACACAUUAAUAAGAAAUCUUUGCUCUGCAUCACUGAACCCGACAUCACUAAAUCCGACAAAAGGAUGGGGCAAGGUUCCAGAUUCUUCACAUAUGCGGAUAGGGGAUGACAUCGAGCGUCUCAGAUUGAUGAGAAACAAGUUUGCGCACGCCAACUCCGCGGGGAUUCCAGAGGCCGAGUUUCAGGUUCUUUGGAACGAUUUAAAAUCAGUUAUUCCGAGAAUUCAAACAUUUAUGAACUCAAUGGGAAGCAAUGUUAAUUAUGAACAAAAGUUGGCGGAUAUAGAAAGAACUGAUUUUGGGUUCGGGGAUCUUCAAAAAUAUAAGCUAUUUUUGGAAGCAACGUUGAGUCAAUUAAAAGAAGAAAGAAUAAAAGAAGAACCAGAAAUUUCAAUAACGGGCGCAGAAAGAGUAGUAUGGGGAGAGAAAACAUGUUUUGAGGCAGAUUUGAAACAAAAAGAAGCAUCUCAUUGGUCAAUCAGCUGGCAGAGAGUAAGAGGAAGUGUCACUUAUCAGAUUGACAUCAGUGACAAAAAGUACAGGGACAGUACCAGAACCCAGCUGGUCAUUCAUUCCGUGAGUAAAGACGACCAGGGAGAAUACCAAGCAGUUCUCGCCAGAGAAUCAAAUGGAAACAAACGAAAAAUAGAAAGCAAUGCUAUUUUUCUACACGUCAUGGGAGAACUUCCAGUAUUCGAGGUUUGGGAAGUUACGACAGAGGUGGAAAGCGUCACCAUUCAUUAUAAAGUAAAGAAUAGUACACCUCGUGUGUACGAUAUAAAGUGGAUAAAGAACAGAGAGGGACUGAACUUCAAAACUCAGAAAUACAUUGGAGGGGGUUUAUCUGACAGUUUUUUGAGGAUUACGUCACCGAAUGAAGGAGGCAAAGAAACAUACUCCUGUACAUUGGAAAAUGCUGUUGGGUUUACCUCCAGAGAUGUGACAUUUGACAUCCCUAAAGUUACAAUUUCAACAGAUUCGAAAGUCUACCUUGGAUCUACAACACAAAUCAGGUCCAAAGUUUCAUCAGCCCUACCACUCAGUAAAUAUACAUGGCAAAAGAGUUUUGAUGGUAAUGAGUUUCAUUGCAUCGACAUCAAUGAACGAAAAUAUCACGUAACUGACGGUUUAAAGAACCCGUUACUAGUGAUAUCAAACACGACUUCUGACGACAUUCUUUAUUAUCGCCUUUCGGUGUGGAAUAUAAUUGGAGGAUGUGUCAGUAACACGGUCUACCUUAACGUCAUAGGAAAUCCCCCAAACAUAACAUGCAGUCAUGAAACAUGUUUCGAAAGUCGAUCAGUGAAAUUGAUUGCCAAAGUUUACCUUUAUGACUCGUGUCAUGCAAUUCAGAAAGUGGUCUGGACAGUAAAUGAUGAAGAAAUAGACCAACAAGGACCGGGUGGAAAGUUCUCAAAAGUGAGCGUCGAUUAUCCAUGUUUAACCAUCCACAACGUCAAUUGUUGUGAUGCGGGAUCGUACAAACUUACAGCUACUAACGCCGUGGGGUUGACUACUAGUGAUGCCACUGAAUUAAAUAUUCCUGAUGUUAUAUCUGCUAAAUUUGACGAGAAGGAAGAUGGUACACAAUGGGUCACAGUGACAAUCAAAUCGAUCCCAGAGCCUUUCCUUGUACAAUGGAGAAAGAAAGAAAAAAACAAUGACAUGUUUCAACCGAUUAAUAUCAUUGCUAAGGAAUUUGAGGGAUCUUCAUGUUCAUUUCCUUACCCUGUGCUGGUCAUUAGACAAAGAGAACAAUUAGAAAACUUUGCCUUCCAAAUAAAGAUACAAAAUUUCAUCGGUACCUGUGAAAAGACAAUACAAGAUUUAUUGAACCUUGUGCCUGGUACCAUGAAAUCGGAGAAUGGCUCAUCAGAUGAAAUAAAUGACGGUAGCCUGAACGAGACUUAUAAUGAUGAGGUAGCCGGAAUAAAAUUCGCUAUUCUUUUUGACGACUUAGCAGACCACUUUCCGGAAGAAAAAUUUCAAAAAUUAAAAGACCUUAUUCAAAGUUCAAAGAAAGUUAAGAACAUUAAAUCCUUGAAUGAAGCGAGAUCUGCAAGAGAUUGUAUUAGGAUUCUUGAUUCUGAAAACCUCUUUACCAAGUCUGAUGUGACGUUUGUGCAGUUUUUACUUAGAAGGACAGAGUGUAAAGACCUCGAAAACAAAUGUGUAGAAUAUGCGAAAGGACAGAGGGCAUUAGGGUUUUACGAGAAACAACCGGAGGGCGGGUUCAAACAUGUUUAUUUUCAUGUGACGGGAGAUCUAUCAAACUUCAAUAUGGAAAAGAGAAGAAAUAUUAUAGAAACUGUUGCUGCAAUGGUGGGAUGCAAAACAGACCGAGUUUCUUUGAAUGGAUAUCGCCGCUCAAAGAGUUUUAUAGCAAUUGUAUCGAUAGAGGUAAUCUACGUUGGGAAACUGGUGGCAAUAAACGAGCAGGAUAGAUACAGAUUUGUUCGUCUGGACAUUGACUACUUCACUGUUGACUUUAUAAAAGUGAUCCUAAAAAUCUCACAAGAAAGUCAACGUGUUGAUUAUCAUGAACACGUUCAAAAGACAGAACAACGCACAACUAUACCACCCCUUGAAAGAACCUAUGUACCAUUCAGAGUUGAUACAUCUAAUAGAGUUUUGCAUAAAAUUGAAGAUGAAGAGUCUAUGGAAACAAGUUUAAAACGUCAACGUGUUGAUUAUCAUGAACACGUUAAAAAGACAGAACAACACACAAUUAUACCACCCCAUGAAAGUACCUUUAUACCAUCUAAAGUUAGAGUUGAUACAUCUACUGGAUUUUUGCAUAAAAUGGCAGAUGAAGAGUCAAUGAAAUCAAGUUUAAGUAAGACUCUUAUUUUACUAAUUAUAGAAUUGAAAAGUCAAUAUUUAAUUCAGUUGAUAUUCUCGGUAUCUCCUACUAAGUUCGAUUUCUUUUUUAUAGCUUUAUAUAUUUAUGUUGAUCUAAUUUUCUAUUUUACAGAGCUGCCAUUCCACAAGCGUUUUGAAUAUUCCGCUCACUUAAGGUCAAGUAUUACAGUGACGACGUAUAGAAUUAAACACAUAUCUUGCUUGAAGCCAAAUAGAUUGUGGUUCACCACUGAUACGAGAAUCAAGGAAAUUGAUGAGAACGGACAUUUACUUAGGGAAUUAAGUGUAAACUGGACACAUGCUGGAUAUCAUACCUUAUCAAAGGCAGGAGACCUGUUGUUUAAAAAUAAUAAUGAUAUUUACAUGUUGUCCUCAAGUGGUGAAGUCCGCGACCUACAUAUACGCGCCAAUGAAUUUUCAUGCAUCCACUCUUCUCGACUAAACGGCGAUAUUUUCGUAAGUGAAGAAAAUAGUAUAAAGAGAUUCAGCGAUAAAGGUGUUAAACUACAAACGAUAAGUACAUUAAAAUUCACGAACGGAUCUCAAAUUCGUUAUAACAUCACGGAGAACAUAAAUGGAGACAUUCUGGCCAUUGUAGACGGCCAAGUAGUUGCGUUUAAAAGCGAUGGGCAACAUAAAUUUACCUACCCGGGUGAACAUUAUUGGUCAGGCUUUAUUCCUUUACGACUAUGUAACGACACUUUUGGACACAUACUGCUGAGUAACAUUCUCCAUCCAUGCGUCCACCUACUUGAUAUUAACGGACACCUUCUAGCAAAAUUACUGAUUCACAAAUCUAACAAAGGUUUAGACAGUAAUGCUCUGUGUGUAGACGAGAAAAACAAUUUAUAUAUUGGGUGUGAAAACAAAAUAUACGUUUAUACAUAUUUAUCAGACACAGCAAUUACAGAACAUGACGACACAGUGAUUGAUUCUGAAAUUCCCUGUGAUAUAUGAAUAAGGGUUUUGUUGUUUAUUGUAUCUUACUACUGUAAUAUCAUUUAUGAUAUAUAACUACUUGUAACUAACAAGUUGUAAUGUUUGUGACUGUCCUCAGAUUUUUGUUUGGUUGGUUAUGUCCAUGAAAGGCGUGCCAAAUAGCUAGUGCGACCCUGAAAUUUGUUUAACUAUAUACUUGACGUAUGCGUUUAAUUAUAAAAAAAUAUCCUAUUAUAUAACAGAUUUCUAAAUGCUUUUAAACAUUUGAUGGCCGUUUUUUAUACCUACUUGUUGAUGUGUAAAUUGUUGCAUAUUGGGAUUGAAUAGUGAAACUUAGUUAUAAAGAAUCUACAUUAUUUAAGAUGUAUAUUUACAAUUGCAACUUAGAUUACAAAAUGUUACACAAGAAAAAACAACUUGUAUACGGGUUUUAUGUUUUUAUGAUAUAUCAAUAAACAUAAUAUAAUUAUAAUUCAUACCAUAUUCAUACCAUAUACAUAAAAAAUUAAUUUUCUAUGCAAAAGUUUUUGAACAAUAAAAUUCUUUCUUUGUGAAAAUUUCUUAAAGUAUUAUUCUUGACAACAUUUGUCAGCGAUAUUUUAAAAACGAAAUAAAGAUACUGAAACGGUAAGAUAUUGUCUUCUUGCAUUUUUUAAUGUUUUGGACUUCCGUUUCUGUUCUUCCGGAUUUUAAAAGAAAAUACAAGAUAUAUAAUGUGGCAAUUCCAACGCUAUUUUCUCUUAAUGUGUUGAUAAAUUGACACAAAAUCAAAGUCCCUCAAAAUGAAGUGAUUUUUUAAACAUGCAACUUUAUAAACAAGGUAUCCUAGAAUUAUGUGUACCUUUUUUUUAGGUUUGAAUCCUGAUAUGUGUGGUAUUAAUUUUAUGCAUGACAUUUUUAAAGUACGUAUUGACAAAGGUAACAAUU